AUGAUCAGCGUUUCCUCGGUCACACCAGACACUUUCAAAUCAGAAAUCGUUAGCAAAUACACCGAUGUCAUUGCUAAAAAAGUUGAAGGUCAAGUGCUUUCGUUUUCCGAUGAAUGGUUUGCCGAUGCCAGUAAUUUGAUCGAAGCAAAAGAACCAAUCCGUGACGCUACACGGUUCACCGAUAAAGGUGCCUGGUACGACGGGUGGGAAACCAGACGUCAUAAUACCACCGAAGCCGACUGGGUGAUCUUCAAAUUCGGAGUGGCCUCUGCCAAAUUGAUUGCUGCGGAAAUCGACACCGCGUAUUUCAAUGGGAAUCAUGCCCCCCACAUCUCGGUGGAAGCGGCGUACUUGCCUAAUUCCCCCGUCACCGAUGAAGAAAUCGUCAAUGAUGAAGUCUCUUGGGAACCGGUGUUGCCGAAAUUGGAAUGUGGACCAUCGGCGAAAUUCUUCUUUGUUAGAAACCAAGGAACCACCGCGAAACCUUACACCCACGCCAGAUUAAGAAUGUAUCCUGAUGGGGGCAUCGCGAGAUUUAGACUCUACGGUACCGUGAUCCCAGUAUUACCUACCGAUCCUCAAGCAUUGAUCGAUACUGCCUCGGUGAAGAACGGUGGAGUCGCGGUGGAUUGGUCCGAUCAACAUUUUGGAACUGCUGGGAACUUGUUAUUGCCAGGCAGGGGCCACGACAUGUCUGAUGGUUGGGAAACUAAAAGAUCCAGAACCCCUGGGCACGUCGAUUGGGUGAUUAUCAAAUUAGGAUACCCAACAAAGAUCGAUGAAGUGGUGGUUGACACCGCCCACUAUAAAGGUAACUUCCCGCAAAAAAUCGUCAUAAAAGGGUUGUUGAGUGAUGAAGAAAAACCAUCAUUUGAAGAUGAUCGUUGGAAUACCAUUGUUCCAGAAUCAAAGACCGGUCCACAUCAGUUACAUUUCUAUAAAAAAUCAGACGGCAAACUUAUCAAUACCAACGACAUAGUUUACAAUUUUGUCUCAUUGACAAUUAUUCCCGACGGUGGGGUAAAGAGACUUAGGGUCAUUGGAAGAAAGGCUGAUGAUUAA